UCACUUCGUUUCAUUCUCCGGAGCUGUCAGUCAGCUGAGCAAAGAUCAGACGACGCCCCAACACCUGACUAGCCGACCUUCUGACGUAAAAUAUUUAACUGAUCGCGGCCAGCUUGACAAGCAACUAAACUUUCGUACUGAUUUUGUUAAUUUUAUUAAUUUUGUUGUCGACCGGUGUGGAAGUGAAGCGGGCAACCGGCAGCUACUCAAGACAGGUCGGCUAGACAAAUUCUGCAAUCGCACUCAACAUGCCUUCCAAUGCGCGCCGGCUCAGCGCUGGGCCAUUCAAGUGCGCACCAUGCAACAAGAGCUUCACAGGGGCAAAAAGCUUUGCGGAGCACAGGGACAGCAACCAGCAUCGCAAGCGCUGUGGUGAAGUCCCCUCUGUCGCAUCCCCCCUGUCACACCUCCCAAGCGCACCGCACUCAUCCCAGUCACAAAAUCCAAACAACGAACCAUACAAGUGCAUGACAUGCAAUGAAAGAUUCACUGGACCUGAAAGCUAUGCAAAGCAUGGGGACUUCAGUAUCGACGGCAAAGGAUGCUCCUCUGCAACACAUUCUUCACCUGCAAUCAAAAAUUUUGUUCGAUGUGACACCUGCAAUACGGGAAUUUCUGGUGUCAAGAACAUGAAGGAGCAUGACAAGGGGAAAAAGCACAGAAAGGCUUUGGCCGUGCUUCAGGGUUUUUCCUCUGUUCCCCUUAAUGUUCCUACAGGCAAAUCAUCUUUGCCGCCUUUUACUAGUAUAUAAUGACAUGCCAUCUUCUCUGAUGCUGCGUGCCCCAAGUGGUCAGCCAGUAGAUGAUACCAAUUCUAUCCACACACCACAGCCGGUGGCCACUCUAGAUUCAAACACUUGCAGCUCAAACCCGCACAAUGUGUCUCCUAGCUCAAUGUCAUAUGCUCCUCGUGUUCAGGAUCGUUCCACCAAUCAUGAGGGGAAGCACAGUGAAGCAGUGAAGACUAUGGAGGAUAGAGACCAGGAGCAAAGUUCAAGCUUCACAAGCAGUGAAAGCGCAGAAGGCUGCUUUUCUGCACACAUUGCUGUCAAGCCUGUGUACAGUAAUGAUGGAAUGAAAUGCAAAGUGGGUGGCCUUGAAGGUUACGGUUGUAGGAAGUGUGGCAUCGUCUUAUUUCUGAAUCUUAAGGCAGCAGAGCGCCACUAUAGAACAGACAGUCACAGUGCUGUUGUUGAAACACUG